AGCGCCAUCUCAAUCUCGCGCGCAGACACCAGUGUAACACAAAUCGAUCGGAAAUUACGUCUACCACGUUUCCUCAUUUGUUUCGGAUUCUUUUCUUUUUGAGAACGGUGAUACUUAGAGGGCGGAUGCUGUUCAAGGCGGCUAGAGUUUUGAGAGCGGCAAUUGAAUAUCUUCCCAGUGUAAAAAUGGUGGUCAAACUCGCCCUGUUCGGCGGACUGGCAGCGGUUCUUCGCGGAUACGCCUCCCUUGACUGGUGGCUUGUCUUGGCACUAAUUUUCGUUGUCUACCUCGUGACCGGUGGAUGGGAUUUUGUGUAUGUUGCCAUCGUCACCUUUCCAAGAGAUUUCAAGGGCUUGGUAACUUUGAUCAAACUGAACUCAUACCUCCGCAGUAAAAUACGUAACAAUCACAUGACCCAUGACGUUUUCAGAGAGAAUGCUGAACGCAAUCCAGACAAGCUUGCUCUGCUAUUGGACGACCAAAAAUGGACCCUGCGAGACCUUGAAAAGUACAGCAAUGCGGUGGCCAACCUUUUCUUUGAACGGGGCUACCAGAAAGGCGACACGGUUGCCCUGCUCAUGGACAACCGUCCAGAGUUUGUCGGUCUGUGGCUAGGACUGUCAAAGAUUGGCGUCGUGUCUGCUUUCAUCAAUCACAACCUUCGGAGGGACGGGUUGACUCACUGCAUCAACGUUGCCAACUCUAAGGCUCUCAUUUUCGCUGCUGAACUGUCAGAGGCGGUGCGAGAAGUCCAUCCAUCUCUGAAGAACGUUGAAUGCUUCACCACUGGACCUCUUACAGAGACGCUGUCCUUCAACAGUCAAAAUGUGGACUCGUUGAUCAAAGCCACAUCCAGUCUACCUCCACCAAUCAUACCAGGAAGAAAUCUUAAAGAUAUUGUCUUCUAUAUUUAUACAUCUGGGACAACAGGACUGCCUAAAGCGGCUGUGAUUACACACUCAAGGUUAUUGUUCAUGGCUAAGAGUAUCUCAGAAUCUUUCAACAUCACUGGUGAUGAUACCAUCUACUGUGCUCUUCCGCUGUACCACUCUGCAGCAGGAUGCCUCGGUGUUGGCCAGCUCAUCAUCAACGGAACGACCAUGUCCAUGAGGGCCAAGUUCUCUGCCUCAAAUUUCUGGAAAGACUGCAUCAGAUACAAUGCAACGGUAACGCAGUAUAUUGGAGAGAUCUGCCGGUAUCUAUACGCCCAACCCCACAAACCUGAGGAAACCAAACAUCAAGUCAGAUUAGCUAUGGGCAAUGGACUCCGGCCAGAGCUUUGGAAUGAGUUCAAAGAUAGAUUUAACAUCGCAAGGAUUGGAGAAUUCUACGGAGCCACGGAGGGCAACGGUAACAUCGCCAAUAUGACCGGUCAACCCGGAGCAGUAGGGUUCAACUCCAUGAUAGCACCAUGGGCCUAUCCUGUCUUCUUGAUCAAGAUCGACCCUGAGACUGGGGAUAUCAUCAGGAACUCUAGGGGACUUUGCAUGAGGGCAAAACCAGGUGAACCUGGGCAGUUGGUUGGUAAGAUUCGUAAAGGGGAUCCAGUCAGAGAGUUUCACGGAUAUGCAGAUCGUCAAGCUAACAGCAAGAAGGUUGUAUAUGACGUACUAAGGAAAGGAGAUUCUGCAUUCUUGUCGGGAGAUGUGUUGAUCAUGGACAGGUUUGGAUAUUUCUAUUUCCGGGAUCGUUCUGGGGAUACGUUUCGAUGGAAGGGAGAGAACGUGUCCACGACAGAGGUGGAAACAAUCAUUAGCAAGACGAUAGGACUCAAUGACACUGUAGUUUAUGGUGUUGAAGUACCAGGAUCUGAGGGUCGUGCUGGUAUGGCAGCCAUAGUAGAUCCCAAUGGGUCUCUCAACAUUCCAGAUCUAUACACAUUACUCAAAGGCAACCUGCCAGGCUACGCUAUCCCUCUCUUCAUCCGUAUAGUCACAAAGGUGGAUACAACAGGAACCUAUAAACUCAAGAAAGUCGAGAUAAGAAAGGAAGCAUAUGACAUCAACACCGUCAAGGAUAGGUUAUACUACUUGAAUGCCAGGGCGGGGCGCUAUGAAGAACUUACCCCCACAGCUCACCAAGACAUCAAGUCCGGUAAAAUCAGGUUAUGAUGAGAGUUGAGCUGUUAAGAGGUUUUUAGGAGUUAUUACAAACCUUGCAUCUAUGUUUUUUAUGCAGUAUCAGAUUUUUAGGAAAUUGUUACUUGGUCUACGUCCAUUUGGUAUACUGUCCAUUUGUUCUCAUCCUAGUUCAUAUACAACCAGUUGCCUAUUAACCAUCGGAGGGGGGGGGGCAUUUCAUAAAGCUGUUCGUA